UAAAAUUCGUUCAUCCGGUGUUUCAAAUAAUAAAGUGAAUAGACGAAAGAAUUUUAUUAAUUAUUAAUUUCGUUUUCAUUAAAUAGAAUAGUUGUAUAAAUAUUAACAUAUCACCUCAAAGUACUGGUCAUGAAUUAGAACAAUUAAUUCAAGAAAAACUUAAUCUACAUGAUCAAAAUAUAAAGAUGAUUUGUUCGGGUCGUAUGAUUCAACUUAAUGAACAAUUACAAACACAAAAUAUUCGUACGAAUGGAACGAUCUUAGUUAUCGCUGUACCAAAAUCAGCUAUUGCUGCAACAACAUCUGAUAUUCAAACUUUGAAUUUAAUUCAAGCUGUUAAAGAAGCAACAAAUAUUUUACAUGAAAAUUCUCGUCAAGCAGCAAAUUCUAAUCGUUAUCAAUUACGUAUAACUGAUCAACAAGGACGUGAAUUAACAGCAUUAUCUGAUGAUGAACAACAUUCAUUAAUGUUAGCAAUGACAUUACAUGAAAAAGGUCGUUCAUUUCUUCGACAACGUGAUUAUUUAAGUGCAUUGGCAUUAUUUAGUGAAGCUGAUAAUGAAUUUCGACAAUGUUCAUCACAGAUGCUUAAUUCUGUUGAUAAUUGGGGUCUACUCAAUUUGGAUAUUGUAUGGUGUUAUCUUUGUAUGCAAAAUGUUAAUGAUUUACAAGAUGCUGCUGAACGAUUAAUGAAAUGUGAUACAUGUUUUGUUAAAGUUUAUGGUAAUUCAUUUCAACGUCUUAAAGCUUUACAAAAAGAUGGAAUGGGUCAUAUGGUAUUAUUCGUUCGAUUACAUUUAUUACAGGCUAUUGUAGCUUAUCAUGCUGGUCGUAAAACUGAUGCAAAAAAUUUUCUUGGUAUGGCUGAAGAAGAAGCACGAAUGAUGCGUAUUGAUCCAGAGAAAUUAACUCAAAUUAUGCUAAUGGGUUAUACAACAAAAGAAGCUCGACGAGGUUUACGAAGUGCACAAGGUAAUAUUGAUCAAGCUGUUGAAUUUAUUAUUGAGAAUCGACGUUUACGAGAAGAACGUCAUCGCGAAGAAGAAGCUCGAGAAGAAGAAGAACGUAUACAAAGGCGCUAUGGACAUACUGAAAAUGGACAAAAAAUAAAUAUAACGUAUUUACAACAAUUACAAUCAAUGGGAUAUCCUCGUCGAGCUUGUGUUGAAGCAUUAAAACAAUCCAAUAAUCGUUUAGAAGAAGCUAGUGAAAUGUUACUUACCAAUCUUGAUACUCUUAUCACGGCUAGUAGAGUAGCAAAAAGAGAUAAUGAAGAUGAUGAUGAUCAAGAAACAGAAUUAAUGGAAGAUGCUACACAUAUACCUCAAUUAAUAGCAUUAGGAGCUGAAUUUGAAGAGGCACGUGCUCUAUUAGAAAUUCAUGGAAAUCGAUUAGAACGUGCAGUUGAAGAAUUAUUACAAAAAACUCAGGAUUCAUAUGAAACAAUGCACGAACACGAUGACCCUAGUCUAUUUGCACGCGCACGAACAGCAGUUGAGAAACGAAUGGCUAAAAAGAUUCGAUUAGAUGAACAAAGUGCUGCUGAUCAACAACGUCGUACUACACUUGAAACGAUUGUACCUGAUUUAUUACGUAGUAGUAUGGAAACAGAUGAUACAAACACGGAUAGUCAAACAAAUAAUGGCGGAUCAGAUGAUUAUCUUGAUUUAUUAUUAGAUGAAGAGGAAACAUUUAUUCGUGACUAUCGGCAACGAUUAGUUGAUGAUGGUUUUUGGUAA